AUGGAAAUCGGAUUGGCUACUAUUUCAGAUGGAUGUCGUUUCAUCUUCCAUCCCACGACAUGGCAGUGGACCUUUGAAAUGACUCGCUGCGGACUGAUCCUUGGCGUUUAUUUGGACUUCUAUUUUACUAUUGGUCUCCUUCUUAUGUGUACAGCGUUCGAUGUUUGCACAGCUGCAAGCCUAUACCUUUUCCUGAAGUCGUGCGUGUCCAAUUUCGUAUUCAUUAUUGACCUGGCGUGCUUUUUCGUCGGCCCUAUUAUCUAUGAGAAGGUGUUUGGCUCCGCACCAGGAACUUUCGGAACGUUCCUCAUCAACACCUUCACGAUGGAAAUCAGUCAUUCCUUAGAUGGGCUGAUCAUGGUACUAUUCAACUCGAAUACAAGAAAGUAUAUCUUCUCACCACGCCAUUUUAUCAAAAAUCGUUUGGACACCAAGAACAACGACAGUCGACAUCGAGUAUCAGACAUAGCAAGAGCCUACGAAACGCACACACAGAGGAACAGUGGUGACAGCCUUUCGUAA